GCUGCCUUUGUAGCACACCAGUGAAUUAUUCACAAACCGUGUCUGCUGAAUCCCAAUCCCUUCAUGGGCAUCUGAAUGCUAUACUAUCAGGUGGCCAAAUAGGAUAUAUUUCACUGAGGAUACUGUUUAAAUAGCUGUGUGUGUUUGACAUCUCCCUGAGGGUCAGCACAUUGCUGCCGGCCCAGCUCUUUGUAGUGACUCUGGCCUCAGUCAAGCGUGUUGUUAUUGGCAACACAAAUUACUUUUUGAAAGCUCAAAUACAGGGACUGAGUGACAGGACUCCCACAAGAUGCAUUUUUGUAUGCCCAUGCAAUCUAUAAAUAUGGAUGAUGUCAGACUCAUGCAGUUGCCUUUUUAAAGAAAAAAAUUGCAGUUGCUAACUAUUUUUUGCCAUUGAGUCUGACUGCAUCCUGUGUCACAGAAUGUCUUGUGUGUGAUAGAAAUGACGACAUCAUUUUUCUUCCCCCCACAUAAAUCGCCUUGCCUCACCGCAACAAAAGAUUAAGACAUGUUUCCUCCAUGUCCAUCUUGACAAGCUGUUCUGAUUCUAAUUACAUUUCUUAUGCAAGCAGGACAUUUUCGCUAGAACACAUGCGCUUGAGGUGAAUAUAAUCAAAAGCCAACAACCAUGAUUGGGAUUCAUAGGCUCUCAAUGCUAUGCUAGUCUCCCAGACAUUGUUGGUAUGUCACAACCAAGAUUCGAACACCUGAUGCAGUUGUAUUGCAAGACAGAAACUGUGUGCCACUUGUGGGCUGCCAUCAUUUGUGUACUUGGAAUGAAAAGUCUGUGCUUAAAUAUAUAUAGUAAAUAUACUAUGGAACCUAUCCCUGUUUUUUUUUAUUAACUGUAGCAAAGCCAAAACCAAAGUGUUGUUAAGUGAGAGAUCUUUGAUCUUUGUCGUUGCCUGUGUGAACAUCUGUAACCUGUUCAUUAAGUCCAUAAAAGCCACCUAUUAGUCAAACCAAAUCCUCAGCAGAUAGCAACUUGUCGUCCACUUGAACUGUAGAGUGACUGUGAUCUAUCAUGAUUUUCUUGUUGAAGUAGGACUGAAAUAGACAUCUGAUCCUGGCCAGCCCUUUGCAUAAUGUAAACAUUAAGCUCAACAGCACUAAAGGUCAGUUUAACCUUCUGCUGACACAAGCCUAGUUCAUAAGAUGUUAAAUCACUAAAUGAACAACACAAUAAACUUGUCUUUUGAUGAGCCUUCAGAUAUACAGGUUUGAAUAUGUUGAUUUUCUACACAGUGAAGGACAGGGCAAACUUAAUCACAUGCUGUAGGAACAUGACCGCUGCUCCGCCCUUGCAGAGAGUGAUGCAAAUAGUGUUGGUGCAGGUUUCAGUUUCAACAUUGUCCACAGAGAGGAGAGAGAACACACACUUAUCAUGUAUCUGCUGCUGCAGACUGUCUGCCACCAUUGGCUAGGAUGCACUGAAAAGUAAUACCCAGACAAAAAGGUUGUUCAACUUGGCAACCCCUCGAUUUAGACAUGCCCCUUUCAGAACAGGUGAAUGUCCAGUUCGACAUGCACCUGUUGGGGAGGCUGACAUGUUCCGUGGUGGCUGUACUGCUCAUAUCUUGGGCAUACAAAUUCUACAACUCCAGAGGUACAGCACCUAAACCCCAGCUUUUUUUGAGGCAUCCCUCAGACAGGCCCACUGAAGCACCCAGAGGAACCUGUCGGAACUGCAAGAUGGAACUGCGAUCUCAAAACACAGCCAAACACGAGGUAGGCAGCGAUGGGGACCAACAGCCUGUGACUGAUGAACUGACUCCUGACAACACCAAUAAAGGGACAGAUGAAGGAGUCAUUGCAGAACUCCCAAUCACCCAGGAAACACUGCCGGAGAAAUCAAACAUAGACAAAGAAAUCGGCUUCGAGUUGAAGGGAGAUAUCUCUGUGUUUGUUGAGAAGGCUGAGGCAGAUGUCCCUGUACUUGUGGAGGAGGGUGAGAUGAAGAUCAGAAAUAGCUUGUUUGGAUCCAUGUUGAAACCUUCUGAUGCCACUGACAGUGGUUCGGCCAGCCCAUCGCACCGUCGGACCCAUUGCUUUCUACAGAGGCUACAGGGUAGUGUGGCGGUGGGCAGGGAGCUAAGGCAGGACUUGGGGAUCCAGGGUACCUACUCCAGCUUUCUCUCCAAGGCAGAAAUCAGAGUGGAAGAUGCCAACCUCGUAAUGGAAGGACCCGGGGAACAGAGUGUUGUGCAGGGGAAGAUCUAUGAAUACUAUGUAGAGUCACAGUCUAUGACAGACUCAGUUGUGGGUCACUUUGAGUUUGAGGGGAAUAUACUUGAUUCACAGUAUGUGGAGUUUGAAAGCGGUGGUAGUAGCCCCACUUAUCCUCAUCUGUCCCUAAGACCCAUCGUCACACGUGAUCUGGUGUUACCACAGAAUCCUGUUGAGAGGCCAUAUACCCCAGUUAGUCCAGAGACCACAUCUUCCAUCAAGCCGGGGCUUAUUCGCAAGGACAGCUACCUUACAGCAGCUGAACAUUCAGAGGUACAGAUCCCCUCUCUGACACCCAGAACCUUAACACCGCUGAGGCCUCACAUUCAGGCCUUCUCAUCAGAAGAGCCGAGCCCUGUCAGUUCCUUUAGUCCCACCACAGACACCACGGGACCCAGUGCAUGGAAAGAGCCUAGUCUAGAAACCUUAGCUGGGGCCAGAUUUGUAAAUCUGCCUCUAGAAAACAUGGAUAGUUCAGAGUUGGAGAGUCUUAAAGCCAAGCUUGAUUUGGGCAACUGUAUGGAGGUGCUGGAGCUGUCUAAGAAGCAUGGGCAUGCCCCUCUGAAGCAGGCAGCCCUCAGAGUGAUGUCUGACAACUACCUCCAGGUUCUUGCGGACCCAGGCCUGUAUGGGAGGCUGAAAGCAGGUGAGCGGGAUGACAUACAGAAAAAGCGUGUGAGAGGAAGGCAGUUUCUCAUGGCAGCCAAUAUGGACCCACAGGACUGGUCGGGGAGUUGUCCACAAGAGACAAAAAUGGAAAAGAGAUCCACCAACAAGCCAUCUAGUGGUCUCUACUAUUAUGAUGAUUAUAAAGACAGCUGGCGCCCAUUGUGUUCCAUUCCUCAGGAAGUCAUCUCAAAAGGCUGUGCUAUGUGCACUAUGGACAACUACUUAUUUGUAGCAGUGGGGGGCUGUCAGCAGGGCACAAAAAGAGAGAUUAAACCGUCCAAGAGAGUGUUCUGUUACAACCCCUUAACGUCCAUUUGGAAAGAGAUCAGUCCUAUGAAUGAGUCCAGGCCCCACUGCAAACUGGCAGCCCUGCAAGGCUACAUCUACGCAAUUGGAGGGGAGUGUCUGCACACCGUAGAGCGCUAUGACCCCUGCUCCGACAGAUGGACUUUCGUGGCUCCACUGCCAAAUGACACAUUUGCUGUAGCCCAUCAUGUCACAGUGUGCAACGGGGAGGUCUUUGUCCUAGGCGGAACCCUGAGGUACACAAUGUUGCGCUACAACCCAAAAACCAAUGCUUGGAGAAAGAGUAUAAUAACGGGCAGCAAAGAGAGGACCGCUGACAUAGUGGGCGUACGGAACGUUCUGUAUCGCUUCGACGUCAGCCCUCAGCUGGGCAUCAGUGUGUACCGCUACCACACCGUGGCACGACUGUGGUACGAGUGCUGCACCAAGCGCCUCGCCAACUGCCCCGCCUUCCAGUGUGUCGCCAUGGACAACACCAUCUACUGCUUGAGCCGACAGUUCACAAUGAGAUUCCUGGCCGAUGAGAUCUCUUCAACCUUCAUAGAGGAUGAUUUAAGUAUCCUCUCUCUAGCUAAGGGCGUCCUUUUCCCUUUUGUCCUUUCACUUCCUGAUAAGAAGGCUCUCCAGACCAGUGUGUAAGCAGGAAUGUUUCUCAGUGAUGGAGUAUAUCAUAUAUUUAUGCACCAAGGCCAUUUUAAAGUGCUAAGUGUGUCCUACUGAGAUGCAGCUGUCAUCAUCAGAGGUAAUGAAAGUAAAAUAUUAACACCAUUAAUGGUAAUUAUACUGCUGCUUGUUUCGAUUUAUCCAGGGUGCAUUGCCUUGUACAGUCAAUUCAAUGUAUUUUUGAAGGCUUUUUGUUCUUUCAGUUUCCUCCUCUCUUGCACUAGUUACUCCCUAAAUCAUGCAAAAUGUGCACUUCCUGUCCUGUAAAAAUGAUUCAUAAACAAGUCUUAACUUAAUUUAGUAAGUCAUAAUGCUUUGGAGCGGUGGGGUGAUAUGCUAAUAAUCCAUCACAGUGGGUUACUGUGUAGGGCACAAAUAUUACACACAAACAGGCCUGGACUCAAUACAAUUAUGCACAUUUGGUCUAUAAAUAUGAGAUGAUUUAAAUGGUUGUGACUUACAGCAUAAUG